GGCUUGUCAAGCUAGCUCGGUUGGGAAGGAAGCCGGCUACCUACUUGCCUGCCGCUCCUUCCCCCAAGCUGUCAGCAGCUCUCGGCUCGGACAUUUGUGCAAAUCACGCCUUUUUUUUAAAAUUCCUUUAUACUCGCUAGAUAAGGCUCGACAAUGGCAGCCAAAAUCCAGGCAGGAUCAGUCGUGGAGAUGCAGGGAGAUGAAAUGACCCGUGUUAUCUGGGAGCUUAUUAAGGAGAAGCUCAUCUUCCCCUACCUGGAGCUGGACUUGCACAGCUUCGACCUCGGAAUGGAGAACCGGGAUGCCACCAACGACCAAGUGACUGUGGAGGCGGCUGAGGCCGUGCGGCACUACGGCGUGGGCAUCAAGUGCGCCACUAUCACGCCGGACGAGAAGCGUGUGGAGGAGUUCAAGCUGAAGCAGAUGUGGCGGUCGCCCAAUGGAACCAUCCGGAACAUCCUGGGCGGCACCGUCUUCCGGGAGGCCAUCAUCUGCCGGAACAUCCCCCGCCUGGUGCCCGGGUGGGUCAAGCCCAUCAUCAUCGGCAGGCACGCCCAUGGAGACCAGUACAAAGCCACCGACUUUGUGGUUCCCGAGCCCGGCAAAGUUGAGAUGAUCUACACGCCCGUAAGAGGGGAGCCGGUCAAGUUUGUCGUACACAAUUUUGAAGGCACGGGUGGUGUGGCGUUGGGGAUGUACAAUACGGACAAGUCCAUCCGGGACUUUGCUCACAGCUCUUUCCAGAUGGCCCUGACUAAAUCCUGGCCGCUCUACCUCAGCACCAAGAACACCAUCCUGAAGAAGUAUGACGGGCGAUUCAAGGACAUCUUCCAAGAGAUCUAUGAGAAGGAAUACCGCGUUCAGUUUGAGAGCAAGGGCAUCUGGUACGAGCACCGACUGAUCGAUGACAUGGUGGCCCAGGCCAUGAAAUCAGAAGGCGGCUUCAUUUGGGCCUGCAAGAACUACGAUGGGGACGUCCAGUCUGACUCUGUAGCACAAGGCUACGGCUCCUUGGGAAUGAUGACCAGCGUGUUGAUUUGUCCGGACGGACGCACUGUGGAGUCGGAGGCGGCGCACGGCACAGUGACGCGUCACUACAGACAACACCAGCAGGGCAAAGAAACCUCCACGAACCCCAUUGCCUCAAUCUUUGCGUGGACCAGGGGCCUCCUCCAUCGUGCCAAACUGGACAACAACAAGGAGCUGGGUGUGUUCUCUGAGGCACUGGAGGCUGUUUGCAUCGAGACCAUUGAGGCCGGCUUCAUGACCAAGGACUUGGCCAUCUGCAUCAAGGGGCUGCCAAACGUGAUGCGCUCUGACUACCUAAACACCUUUGAGUUCCUGGACAAGCUGGCGGAGAACCUGAAGGCAAAGAUGGCCAAGCAACCCAAGCUGUGAUCAUGCUUACAGAUACACACACUUCUCAUAGAUACAACACUGCCACUGAAGGCCGCCCCCGCCAUGUGACCCCCCGGAGCAGGCAAGAACCAGGCCAGGACUUAGGACUACUAUCAUUCCUUCACUUAGGGAGCUGUAGUCGUAACAGGAUGUGGACCUCCACUGCUCUCGGUCAAGAACGAAUGGACAAAAAGCAUUGAUAAGCUGAAGGCAGACAGUGCAUGUUUGACUUCUAAAGUGGUUGAACCGUACAACAUACUUUGCUCAUUGAUGCUAACCUUACUAAAAUAAUUGACAGAAAAAACAAGACAAGUUUUAAAUGUAGUUAUUAAGUACAGGAUGUGUUCUGUUUCAUAACUGUACUGUAUCCUGCCAUAUGGAAGCUCAUUAAAAUGUCCAUCUGA